UGGGUGCCUGACGGCCACGGCCCCUGGCCCGGGAGGAAGGCAUGGGCUUUGAGGAGCUUCUCAAGGAGGUGGGAGGCUACGGCCGCUUCCAGAUUCGAAAUGUGCUGCUCUUGGUACUGCCCCGGCUCCUGCUGCCCAUGAACUUCCUCUUGCCAAUCUUCGUAGCUGCAGUGCCCACCCACCACUGUGCCUUGCCAGCCCAGGACCCUCUCGACAACUUCACCCAGGAGUCAGCCUGGCUGGAAGCCUACUUGCCCCGGGAGCUGGACGGUAGCCUCAGCUCCUGCUACCGAUAUCUCUACCCACACUACCCCAACACCACCCGCGAGGAGCAGGAGGACCACAUCGUGCCCUGUCCUGAUGGCUGGCGCUACGACCAAUCACAGUUCUACUCUACUAUUGCUACCCAGUGGGACCUGGUGUGUGAGCGAAAGGGACUGAAUCGUGUCAUAUCUACCUUCUUCUUCAUUGGUGUGCUGGUGGGGGCCGUGAUCUUUGGAUACUUGUCUGACAGGUUUGGGAGACGUCCAUUGCUCUUGGUAGCCUAUGUGAGCUCGCUAGUCCUGGGCCUGAUCUCGGUCAUUUCUGUCAGCUACAUCAUGUUUGUCAUCACCCGCACUCUCACCGGUGUUGCUCUGGCUGGCUUCACUAUAAUUGUCUUGCCCCUAGAGUUAGAGUGGUUAGAUGUUGGACACCGAACUAUGGCCGGCAUCCUGGCCAGCACCUUCUGGUCUGUGGGAGUGAUGCUGCUGGCUCUGAUUGGCUACCUGAUCCGAGACUGGCGCUGGCUGCUGCUGGCUGUGACCCUGCCCUGUGUCCCAGGGAUCCUCAGCCUCUGGUGGGUGCCUGAGUCUGCCCGAUGGCUUAUGACCCAAGGUCGGGUCAAGGAAGCCCAACAUUACCUCCUCCAAUGUGCAGCGCUCAAUGGCCGGCCUCAGGCUAGGAACAGACUAAGCACUGAGGCCCUGAGUCUGGUGGCCGAAGGGGAAAAGAUGGUCAGAAGGCCUUCCUACCUGGACUUGUUCCGGACACCGCGGCUCAGACACAUCUCCCUGUGUUGCAUGGUGGUGUGGUUUGGGGUGAACUUCUCAUACUAUGGCCUAAGCUUGGACCUGUCAGGGCUGGGCCUGAACCUGUACCAGAUACAGCUGCUGUUUGGGGUAGUGGAGAUACCUUCCAAAAUGAUUGUCUACUUGUCAGUACGCUAUGCAGGGCGCCGCCUCACAGAGGUGGGGGCCCUGCUGGGCACUGCCCUCACUGUGGGGGCUAGUCUGCUACUGCCCUCUGCCCUGCUGCCCGGACAAAGUCCCUCCUGGCAUUCUUCUCCUCCCAGGGUUGGGCACAUGGAGAUUAGUCCUGGGAGUGGCUGGAAAAGGCUUUUCAGAAGCAGCCUUUACCACUGCCUACCUGUUCACGUCAGAGUUGUACCCCACUGUACUGAGGCAGACAGGGUUAGGGCUGACCGCCCUGGUGGGCCGGCUGGGGGGCUCCCUUGCACCCCUGGCCACCUUGCUGGAAGGGACAUGGAGCCCACUGCCCAAGGUCACCUAUGGUGGGAUUGCCCUUGUGGCCUCAGCUACGGCUCUCCUGCUGCCAGAGACUCGCCAUGCAGAGCUUCCUGAGACCAUCCAGGAUGUGGAGAAAAAGAGGACUUUGAAAGGCCCCCAAGAAGAGGGGACACCCAUGAAGGUAAUACGAGAUUAAGACGGGAGGCCGCCAUGGUGCUGGGCAAAGAGCACCAGAUGUGGCAUCAAGACUGGGUUGGAAUUCAAGCUCCACCAAAGGCUAUAAGGAAUGGCCUCAAUUUGCUCCUCUGUAAAAGAAGCGACUAGACAAGAUCUCCAAGGUCGAAAUCCUGUGAUCCUAUAAAGUGAACAUGGACACCAUCUUUUUCCGCUUGGUCCCUGGGAUGGUGAGUGAGUGAUGGGACUGACAGACCCCACUCCCACCCCAGGAUGGGGCAGAAUUGCAGCCAUGACAGCCCACAGCUUCCUGACACCCUUAAAGAAUUGGAACAGACCGCGGAGAUGGCCUCUUUCCUCGACAUUCUCAAGUACUUCUCCUCGAAUAUCUCUAGUAAUAGAACCGUCCGCAGGGAUUCUCUCCCUGAUCCCUACCUGGGGUGUGUGGAUAAAGGAGCCCCCAUUCUCCUUUCUGGGGACAAGGCUACUGGGGGGGACAAGUGGGGAAAAAAUGUUGGAACAGGAGUCAAGAAAAGCUGGGUCCUUGUCCCAGCUCUGCUGCGUA